GUAGGAGCAGAUCACGAAAUUAGAUAUGCAUUAAAAGAUACACUAUAUGUCUGGUUGGUAUGUGUGGAGGAUGAAAACUUUGAUUUGACGCAUUAACGUAUGGUCUGUCAACGCGAGGAGGGGGGAGGUAAACAAGAUGGCGACAACCUGAGAAGCAAGAGUAACACGAAGAGUCCGAAAUCUUCACUGGUAUUUCACUAGACCCCAAGUGGAACUCUUGUUCAAGUUGGACCGUCACGACAGCAGGAAAAUCUAUCAAGACAGGAGAAGGAUAUCCACCCAGAUCAAGGCACCAGUCAGCAGGAGGAGCAUGGAGGAGACCUGAGGAGAGGGUUUGACACAUCGGAUGGCUCAGCCGAUCUUCAGGAGCCGGGCUGAUGCCAGAAGUUGGGCUGAUACUGCUGCAUGCGUUUGGCUGUAGAUGUGCUUGGAUCCUGUCCAGCUGUACACACGUGUCUCCUGAGAAAACUAUGCUUUGAGGCAUGGACCUUUUGACAGAAAUGCUGUGCUGCAUGGCCUUGAAACAAGACUGGACCUAAGGCUGUAUAGUAUUAAACUCGUACAAGUGCUAUAGAGUUAAGCUAGGAGGGAUAUCAUUUUGAGAGUGACAUUUUUCUCAUUUCUAUUCGACUGUACUCAUUACAGAUGUAGAACAAAAUGCAAAACUGAAGCGCUAACUUAGCAUUGGACCCAACUGCUUUCUUGCCCUUGUUUGCACAUAUAUGGAGUAAAAAAGAGCCUCAGUGUUUACAAUAUUGGGAUCGAUCCCACACCUCCCCCCUCAGCUCUCAGGCCUGAUUACUCCCUCUCACAGGUUCAGUAUUUUGUAAUUAAUCUGUAUUCCAGCUUUUGGAAUUAAAAUACUCAGCUCAGAGCUGAAAGGUUACCAGUGGAUUACUUUCCAGCAGCAAUCAUAACUAUUUGCAAACAGUUUUGCACAGGAAGCUUGAGCUGCGGCUGCUGAACUAGUCAUGAGUACCGGCGAGCUGCAUCAUCUUGAGUAUCUCAAUGAAAAUGAACUGAUGGAGAUGGAUACUUUCAUUCACCGCAUCGACUCUACGGAGGUGAUCUACCAGCCCCGGAGAAAGAGGGCAAAGCUUAUAGGAAAGUACUUGAUGGGGGACCUGCUGGGAGAAGGAUCUUAUGGCAAAGUGAAAGAGAUGCUGGACUCAGAAACACUUUGUCGCAGGGCUGUCAAAAUACUGAAGAAGAAGAAGCUGAGACGGAUUCCCAAUGGAGAAGCCAAUGUGAAAAAAGAGAUUCAGCUGCUAAGAAGACUCCAACACAAGAAUGUGAUCCAGCUGGUGGACGUGCUCUAUAAUGAAGAGAAGCAGAAAAUGUAUAUGGUGAUGGAGUAUUGCGUUUGUGGGAUGCAAGAAAUGCUGGACAGCGUCCCAGAAAAAAGGUUUCCAGUAUUUCAAGCUCACGGGUACUUUUGCCAACUUUUAGAUGGCCUCGAAUAUUUGCACAGCCAGGGAAUAGUUCACAAAGACAUUAAACCAGGGAAUCUGCUGCUGACCACAGACGGGGCACUUAAGAUCUCCGACCUGGGAGUAGCAGAGGCCCUUCACCCAUUUGCAGAGGAUGACACUUGUCGCACCAGUCAGGGCUCUCCGGCCUUCCAGCCUCCAGAGAUCGCAAACGGACUGGACACCUUUUCAGGGUUUAAAGUGGACAUUUGGUCUGCUGGAGUAACACUAUACAACCUUACGACUAGUCUAUAUCCAUUUGAAGGGGACAACAUCUAUAAGCUAUUUGAGAACAUUGGAAAAGGUGACUACACUAUUCCUGAGGAGUGUGGACCCCUCCUGUCGGACCUGCUGCGAGGAAUGCUCGAGUAUGACCCCGCCAAGAGGUUUUCCAUACAGAACAUAAGGCAACACAACUGGGUGCGUAAGAAACACCCUCCAUCUGAGCCCCCUGUGCCCAUCCCUGCCAGCGCAGAGAGCAGGGAUCCCUGGCGGAGUAUGACGGUGGUGCCCUACCUGGAGGAUCUGCACGGCUACACAGAGGAGGACGACGAUGAGCUCUACGACGGAGAGGAUGAGAUCAUAUACACUCAGGACUUCACAGUGCCAGGACAAGUGGCCGAAGAAGAUCUGGAUCAGGGGAACGCAGACCACAGUCCACCUCUUGCCAAGCCACUUUGUGUGAAUGGCACAGAGGGGGGAGCUCUGAACAGCAAGGCCAAAGCCGAACGCCGAUCCUCUUCGUCAUCAAACCCCUCGCGUAAAGGAGUCUCCACAGCCAGCAAGAUCCGCAAGCUCUCCACCUGCAAACAGCAAUGACCCCCUCCCCUCUCUCCCUCUGCAACAACCCACCUGGUUGAUCUAUCCCCGUCCUUCUGUGUCCAGAGUCCACACAGUUGUGGGAAAAACCUGCUGACGUUAAUGCCCCUGUACCUCCUUGGACCACUGGCCUGCAGAGUCUUUUUUGAAGCGGCAAUAUAAGUGACGGGGAGGAGGAGGAGGACAGCAUGAAAUGUUCUUUUUUGCUCUGAGACUGAGGCACUGGCUGUGAAGAUUUUUUCCUCCCAUACUUUGGCUCCUAUCAACUCCUGUCAUCCAGUUCUGUCAUCUAGUUCUCCUCUUCAUCCUCUUCGGAGGGCAAAGUGUUGCACCGAACUUUACAGACACCAUCAACCGUGCCCCCCCCCUCCCCCCCUUCCAUUCACACACACACCCUCCCCCCAUCUUCUGUUUCUUUGACUUCCUUUGUUUUUACAGAACCCUAAUGGCGGUUUUUAAGACACAUUGUGAUGUGUAAAAAAUUAAAGAGGUUAAAAAAAAAUGACAAAAGUUAUGAAUAAUUCUAUAUUUAGAUCUAUGAUGAGAAUAAUUAUGAUAGUACUCUACUACCACCAACAUUAAAAAACUGCAUGCUGUACAGAGCUGGAUGAAAGGGAAAGCACCUGGUUUGUGAACGGACUGACAGACUGAAGCCUUGAGAUCCACCAACGCUGACCUGUUGGGGAUUUUUGAUUUCCAUUUAGUUUCGUUUUUUUCUUUUCCAAUGAAUAUUUUUUUAAUUAUUAUUUAUAUAAAAUAUGUCCCAAACAGGC